UUUUCACCACCCCACUCACGUCUCCAUAUGGCAAAGCUGCUUCCCUGCAUUUGUCUUUGAAAUCUCCCCUCCCAGAUUCAAUUCAUUGUUCCCCUCCCCUUGUCUCCCUCUCACCCCCUCCCAAAUAUACCCUCCCCUGCCAUAGCAUACCCUCCCCUCUGAUCAGACUUGGCAUUACAGAGCCCGGGCCCAGUUAUCCGAAUCAGGAUGGAUACGUUUCUCAAUCAGUGGCUAUGGAGACAGGAGUAUUGGCUCCCUCCGGGGGUGACUUGGGAAGACAUGAAAGAGACAGAGGAGACUCAGUACCCGGAGCCUCGAGAUUUACUUCUCGCCAUUCCUUGUGCCUUUCUUUUCACCGCAGUCCGAUUCCUGUUUGAGAAGUAUGUUGCGUUACCACUGAGCAGACUGCUGGGGAUGCAGGAGAAGAAAAAAAAUGUGAAAGCCACGCCAAACCCAGUCCUUGAAGCCUUCUACUUAAAGCAGAGAAACCAGCCGACAGAGAGCGAGGUUCGCUGCUUGUCUGCUCAAUGUAACAUGCAGAAUCGCCAAGUUGAACGCUGGUUCAGAUGUCGCAGGAACCAAGACAGACCAAGUACAAGUCGGAAAUUCUGUGAGGCCAGUUGGAGAUAUGUCUUCUAUUUGGUUGCGUUCCUUACUGGCCUUGCUGUGCUGAAAGAUAAACCUUGGCUCUGGAACCAGCGGGAAUUCUGGGCAAAUUACCCACAUCAGCCAUUGGUCUCAUCUUUAUACUGGUAUUACAUAUUAGAAUUGGCAUUCUACUGCUCCUUGCUCCUCACCAUAGCGUUUGAUGUAAAGAGAAAGGACCUGAAGGAACAGAUAAUCCAUCAUUUUGCCACUAUUUUCCUGAUAUCGUUUUCGUACUGUGCCAACUACAUUCGUGCUGGAACAUUGGUGAUGCUUCUGCAUGACUCCUCCGACCACAUCCUGGAGUUAGCAAAGAUGUUUAAUUACACCAAGUGGAAGAGAGUGUGUGAUGUCCUAUUUAUCAUCUUUGCUGUGGUUUUCUUUGUCACACGCCUGUAUCUUCUCCCCACAAGAAUCAUCUACAGCACCUUUUACUACUCAAUGGAAACCUUUCAGCCAUUCUUUGGGUAUUAUUUUUUUAAUGUGCUCCUGAUGGUUCUUCAAGUUCUCCACUUCUUCUGGGCCUACUUGAUCAUACGUAUGGUGUAUCGUUUCACGUUUGUUGGCACGGUAGAAAAUGAUGUUCGCAGUGACAUUGAGGAAAGUGAGGACAGCGGACAAGAAAAUGGCAAGCCUUCUGGAAGAGAGAAUGAAACAGACAAGUGGAGAAGCAACAACAACCGUGUUCUACAGAAGUUUACUGAAAAUGGAAUGGCCCAAGUACAUAAUGGACACUUAAAGGCCAGUUAACCCUGGUUACUAGCAAUGCACUGUGCUGUGCUUGUCCUACACCGAGCAGGAGUUCAGUGCUGCUACAUUGUGUUCAUGGAACCCACCCAUCUAGCACUUGUAGUGCUCUUCUUUGUAACAAGAGGAACACAAGGUGCAUUGCAGAGCAAUGCCUUGUAGACCUCACUGCCUCUGAGUUAGUUGACUUCUUCUUUGCAGAAAGUGGUGGCACAACUUAAUUUAUUCAACUAUCGCACUAUAAUAUACAUGAUUUUGGACACUAGGAUUUCAUAGUCUGCCCUUUACAUUGAGCCACAUCUCAUGACGGAAUGAUGAGCCACAUGAAAUGUGGUACUGUGAAUAUACUAUGUAAGUAGAUUAGUCAUAGUUAUAUUAAUUAUGUCCCUCUAAAUUUUCUAUAUAUUUUUUACCUUGUAGAAGAACGACAUUAAUGUGCGAAGCACUUUAAACAAUUACAACCACUGUAGAUGCUAACCAUUUUGCUUGGAGCUAUCUGCCGUAGUUUUAGAGUAGACUGUAUAUGGUUGGGUACAGUAACUUAUUGUUCUCACAGUGACAGACAGCUGUGUUAUACUGAUUUUAGGGGAGAUCUACAUUUGCAGUGAGAGCAUGUGCACCCUAUCUUUGUCCAGCGUGGUUUGUUAAACAUGCAUGCUGAUGUUGACAUCAAGAAACAACAGCAAAUCAGCUAUGUAUCAAGCGUGGGACAAUAUGUACUUAUAAAAAAAAUGCAUGCAAUUGUCUCACGAGUCAGGUGAAAUACAAAAUUUAGGGUCACAUUAGUGGUGCAGCGGUAGGCAACCUUUGGUACUCCGGAUGUCGUGAACUACAUCUCCCAUGAUGCAUCUACAGCCAUAAUGCUGGAAAAAACAUAAGGGGAGACGUAGCCCACAUCAACUGGAGUGCCCACGGUUGCCCACCAUUGGACUACAGAGUCAGUCUCUGAAACAAAAUGAACUACCAACAUCAAAACAAUAAUUAGGAACACCAUAAAUCAGUGGUGGUGACUACAAUGUGACAAAGUUAACAUAAUACAAAUGAUGACAGUUUUCUUUAACUAUUUAAAAUAAAUACGUUUUAUAUGUUAUUACCUCUUUGUGUGUUGUUUAUAAGUAUACGUAUAAGUAAAUACCUUUUUAAGUGCAUCUCCUGGCUUACACUUAGUGGGUAGGGUCGGACAUCUCUAAAUCAUCUUAUGUUAUAAGCACCAUUUAUUUAACCAAAGUCCGUACAGGUUACCCAGAGCUAGCGCUCAUUCACAAAUCCAUAAGCCAUGUGGAAGUGACAGCGUACCAGAAAUGCUUCCCAUACUGGUUCACGUUGUAUGAAUAAAUCAAGGAUGCUUUCCCUACUGGUUCACAUCUGAGCUGGAUUCAGAUGUUCAGUUUGCACAUAGUCCUUGCAGUUAUGUGGUGCUUCUGGCCAAAAAGGAGUUAAUGAUGGCCCCAUCCCGGUAAGCUAGAAAAUGCACCGAAAAGAGGAAUAUGCUAAUAUUUAUAACUUACAAAAUAAAACACACAAAGGCUGUAACAUAUAUACUACUUUUCAGUAAUUCUAAAAGAAUGACAGUUUCCUUAAUAAAGCAAGCAUCAAAUCAAUACAUGGAAAACGA